UCGUCUAAUAUUUUAAUCUUCCCUUCUGGCUCUACCACUGCGCCAGCAGCUACUAUUACUAUAUCGUGAAGCGUUAUCCUCGGCUCACCUUCCGCAUAGAUAUUAGUAUUAAAUUCCUGUCUUCGACUAGUAGAGUUGUAGACGGUAAUCGGUGCAUUGUUGCCGAACGACAGAACUGUGUCAUAUCAUAAAUUUUAAUGAUUAUUAAGUACAAUUUUCUGCAUCUUUGAACACUUUUUCACCGGAAAUAAAGAUUGUAACGUUUGCUCGCUGAACAAGCUCACCAGCCAUUGAGAUUGAUGUCUCGUUCGUUUUACGUAUCCUUAUAAAUGUUAUGAUGUCAAGUAACGAAGACUAUAUUACAUUGGAUGAAAUAAACAAUGCACUGGAGUUACUGGACAAAGAUGAAAUUGCUUCAAAAAAACGUUUGGAAACGUUUACUAAUCAAUGGCCCACUGUUAUUAAAGAAAUUGACUUUGUUACUAAAAAAUUUAGUUCCUUAACAUCAAUCAAAGAAAACUUAUCUCAAAUUCAAAGUAGGAUUCACGACUCUUCUAAAUUAGCCGAAGACAUAUCGUCCAAAGUCCGACAGUUGGACAAAAUACGUGGACGUGUAUCAGAAUGCCAAAAACGAGUUCAAGACUUAUUAGACCUACAGCUGUGUAGCGAAGGUGUACAGAUUGCAAUGAAAAAUGAUGAAUUAGAACAAGCCGCCGGACAUAUACAUCGUUAUCUGUCAAUCGACCAAACAAAAUUACAGCGCACGGCAGACGAUAUGGCUCAAGAUUGUUCAAUGAUCACUAGUGCUCUUAAACACUUGCAGGAAGCUUUAGAGCUCCUUCAGGACACCGUGUCUAAAAGAUUUGAGCACGCGUCUUCAAUCCAAGACACGAAUUCUAUAGAAAGGUAUUUUAAAAUAUUCCCACUACUUGGAAUGCACGAUGUGGGUUUGGAAAAGUUUGUCGAUUACUUGGGGCGGUUAUUAAAAGUGUCGGCGGACAAAAAUUUAAAAAAUGUCAUAGACACACCAAUGUCGAGCAACCGUGCCAGUGUUAUUUUCGCGGACGGGCUGACGUAUAUUUUCGAGGAAGUAGCCAAGACGAUCGAGGUUCAUCAGCCGUUAAUCGAAACCCAUUACGGUCCCGAGUACGUAUUGAAGUUCCUAUCCCAUUUGCAAAUGCACUGCGACACGUUCGGUGACAUCCUGCUGCGGACAUUUCUCAAUACGCGCAAGAUCAAAGAACUGCUGAAGACCAUGUGGGAUGAACCGGACGUAAACACCGCGGGGAGGCCCGACUCCAAGGACAUCGAUCUGCUGGUCGAGGAGAUCGUCAUGAUCCUGGCGCGGUACGAUCUGUACUCGCAGUUCGUGUGCAAGCGGACGGUGAACGCGGACGGCGUGGAACCGAAAACUCGAACCGCCAAAGCGGUGCUGGACAACAGCCGGCUGUGCUGUUGCAUACAGGAGAUGAUGGGCAAGUACCUGGAGCUGGAGAGGUACUACAUGGAGGAGAGCAUCAGGAAGGCGGUGUUGAUGGAUACGAUCGAGGGCGACGGCGGGGACGCCGCGCUCACGUCCAGCAUGGUGGAUGACGUGUUCUUCAUCGUGCGCAAGUGCGUGAUGCGCUCGCUGCGAUCCGGCAGCCUGGACGUGCUGUGCGCCGUCAUCAAUAACGCGGUAAACGCGCUAGAAACGGAACUGUGCGCAGUAUUCGCGCAGGUGCUGAGCGCCGGUUACCCGGGGUCCGGUUACUUCAACCGGUUCACGCCCGACCUGGACAAGGUGCGGCGUACGUUCCUGGCGGCGUUGAACAGCACCGAGGUGGCAGUCGAGUACUCCAAGUCGCUGUCGCAAGCGUUCCGGGACGAGGUGCCGGCCAGGCUGCGCGGCUGCCACGCGGAGAAGCUGGACAGCUGUCUGCACGACUUCAGCCGAGUGAACGCGUCGCUGGUGGCCGCCAACCGCAACGGGUUCAGGCAGCUGCAGUGUUCGCUGGUCGAGCCCAAAACGCUGGCGUGGAUGGAACCGUUCUACGAACAGAAUUUCACGCUCGACGAACCGGAAUUCGCGCAGACAGUGGCCGACAACCCAUUCGUGGUGGCGCUGGUGCGGAGCAUCGACGGCACGCUGGCCGAGUUCCGCGCCCGGCUGACGCCCAACAACUACGACAUGCUGGUGGUGGCCGUGGCCGCGGAGACGGCGGCGCAGCUGGAACGGGCCGUGAUGAAGACCGAAUUCAACCGGCUGGGUGGCAUGGCGCUGGACAAGGUGGUCCGGACGCUCAUCAACUAUUUCAGCGCGGCCAGCGCGUGGCCGGUUCGCGAGAAGUUCGCCCGGCUGGUGCAGGUCACCACCGUGCUCAACCUGGAACGGGCGUCCGAUCUAAACGAGUUCUCCAACCCGGACAGUGGCAUGCGGUUCUCGUGGAAGUUGACGCCCGACUCCAUACGGCAGAUACUCAGGCUCCGGGCGGACUUCCGGGAAGAAGACAUACGGAAAGUGCAACUGUAAGACCGUGCAGCACCCCAUGACCGACAAGCUUGCAAGCGAUCCCAUCACUACUGUACGAUUUCCAAGCGGCGUCAUGUCGUCGUUUUAGCUGACGUGUUUUUUCUCAGACUUGUGAGUAAUUAAAGUUAAAAAAAUAAUAUACCUACACCUACGUUAUAUAUUCAACGCCUACGGUACAUAAUAUUAUGUACUGACAUACUUUGCAGUUAUAUUCAAGUUGAGUAGAUACAUUUAUCACUACUAUUUUAUGUCUGUCGGUACUGUAACGCCGAUUAGGUUUUUUUUUUUUUUUACCAAAAUUUGUACAAUUGGGUGUUAAUCUAGUAUUCCAUGUAUAAGAAAUGUCAUCGUAUUAUUAUUGUAUGAAAUACUCGACGUGUUUUGUUGUAAGUGUACUAGUAAUAUUGUUAUUGGACUUAAAAUAAGCACUAUUUAUACCUACUUAUUUUAUGUUGUGUGUAUUUCAAAAUUACA